CUACGUCAAGCGACAUUAUGUUGAAAAACGUUUUCCUGUGGUCUCUUCAGAUAAGUCUCCUGGGAAUUACUCUUGGCGGGAAUGUUCUCAUCUGGCCAAUGGAAGGCAGUCACUGGCUAAAUAUUAAGAUAAUAAUAGAUGAGCUCAUAAGGAAAGAACAUAAUGUGACUGUCCUUGUUGCAUCCGGUGCGCUUUUCAUCACACCAUCAAUUAGCCCAUCUCUGACUUUUGAUAUAUAUCCAGUGCCCUUCAGCAAGGAAAAAAUUGAAAGUGUGAUUAAGGACUUUGUCUUGACAUGGCUGGAAAACAGGCCGUCUCCUUCAACUAUCUGGAAGUUCUAUAAUGAAAUGGCCAAAGUCAUUAAGGAGUUCCAUGUGGUGUGCAGAGGUAUUUGUGAUGGCGUUCUUAAAAAUGAAAAGCUGAUGGCCAAACUGAAGAAAGGAAAGUUUGAAGUACUGUUAUCAGACCCAGUAUUUCCAUGUGGUGAUAUCAUAGCUAUAAAACUGGGAAUCCCAUUUAUCUAUUCCUUGAGGUUUUCUCCAGCCUCUACCGUGGAAAAGCACUGUGGAAAGGUCCCAUUCCCUCCUUCCUAUGUUCCUGCAAUUUUGUCAGAACUCACAGACAAGAUGUCCUUCCCUGACAGAGUCAGAAACUUCAUCUCCUACCGAAUGCAGGACUACAUGUUUGAAACGCUUUGGAAGCAAUGGGAUUCCUAUUACAGUAAAGCUUUAGACUGCAGCCAUUGGUUAAAUAUUAAGAUUCUUCUUGAAGAGCUGAGUCAAAGAAAUCACAGUGUGACUGUACUGACUUCAUCAACAACUUUAUUCAUCAACUCCACUCCUGAUGCCUUCUUGCAUUUUGAAGAGAUUCCGGUUUCCUACAAAAAAAGCAACAUAGAGGAAAUAAUUGAGCAUAUGAUCUCACUGUGGCUAAACCACAGACCGACACCUCUCACAAUGUGGACUUUCUACAAAGAACUGGGAAAGCUCUUUGAGGCCUUCUACAAAAUUAAUACACAAGUCUGUGAUGGUGUGUUAAACAAUCCCACGCUAAUGGCAAAACUUCAAAAGGCUAGCUUCGAUGUGUUGAUAGCUGAUCCAGUAACCAUCUGUGGAGACCUGGUGGCCCUGAAAUUGGGAAUUCCGUUUGUGUACACAAUGCGAUUCUCUCCAGCCUUUACAGUGGAGAGGCACUGUGGGAAAAUUCCUUCACCAUUCUCUUACGUACCUGCAGCCUUGUCAGAGCUCAGUGACCAGAUGUCCUUUGGUGAAAGGGUUAAGAACACCCUAUCUUAUUCUCUACAAGACUUUAUAUUUAAGUCCUACUGGGGAGGAUGGAAUUCCUACUACAGCAGAGUUCUGGGAAAACCCACCACUUUAUGUGAGAUUAUGGGGAAAGCUGAGAUUUGGCUGAUGCGGACAUACUGGGACUUUGAAUUCCCUCGUCCAUAUUUACCUAAUUUUGAGUUUGUGGGAGGACUGCAUUGCAAACCUGCCAAACCUUUACCUAAGGAAAUGGAAGAAUUUGUCCAGAGCUCAGGGGAACAUGGUGUUGUGGUGUUUUCUCUGGGGUCAAUGGUCAAAAACCUGACAGAAGAAAAGGCCAACCUCAUUGCCUCGGCCCUUGCCCAGAUUCCCCAGAAGGUUUUGUGGCGAUACAAAGGAAAGAUACCAGCCACAUUAGGAUCCAAUACAAGGCUGUUUGACUGGAUUCCCCAGAACGAUCUUCUUGGACAUCCCAAAACCAGAGCUUUUAUCACUCAUGGUGGAACAAAUGGAAUUUAUGAGGCCAUUUACCAUGGAAUUCCUAUGGUGGGAGUUCCCAUGUUUGCUGAUCAGCCAGACAACAUUGUUCACAUGAAGGCUAAGGGAGCAGCUGUGGAGGUGAACAUGAACACUAUGACAAGUGCAGAUUUGCUCCAUGCUGUGAGAACAGUUAUCAAUGAGCCAUCUUAUAAAGAAAAUGCCAUGAGACUAUCAAGAAUCCACCACGACCAGCCAGUGAAGCCCCUGGACAGAGCUGUCUUCUGGAUUGAGUUUGUCAUGCGCCACAAAGGAGCCAAGCACCUUCGCGUGGCAGCGCAUGACCUCAGCUGGUUUCAGUACCACUCUCUGGAUGUGAUUGGGUUCCUGCUGGCCUGUGUGGCAUCUGCUAUAUUUUUGGUUGCAAAAUGCUGUGUUUUUGUAUUUCAAAAAAUUGGUAAAAAAGGAAAAAAGAAAAAAAGAGACUAGAACAAGAAAAGUCCCCGGGUUUGGUAGUCCUAGUACUUAGAGGUACAGAGAGCUGUCAGCUACUAAUCCUCAUGACAUUUUCAAAUAUCCCAUUCCUGUCUUAGCCUGAAUAUAACUCUAGGACGCAACAUAAUCACACUUUCUUGAAAGAGCCUCAUCUUUCUUUUGCUAUUUCAGUGAUAUUUUUUCUUAUCUUUUUGGCACAGGGGCACUAUUAAUUUAAUAUUUUUUCAGAAUGUCAUUUAAAUUAUAAAGAAAAUGAUAACCGAUAGCAUUACAAAUCCUUGAGAAGGCACACAGGGUCUAUUAAAUUUUAUUUAAGGCCCACUUAUCCAGAUCCUCACAGACCACACAAAAGGAGCAUUGACCACAGGAAUUAGUGUGUUGUGAGAAGAUUCAUCAUCUUCUUUCUAAAUAAGCACCAGCUUUUGUGAUUCUCUAAUGUCACAGAGGAUGAAUUCAGAACUGUGGUGGCAUGUUAUAACAGGAAAACUAUGUAAAACUUGUUAGCACAUUUAAAUUAUAAUGGUGUAUUUUCCUGCUUUUCCUUAAAACAUGUAUCUGUAUAGUCUCAGUGAAUGGGUUUUAAUACAAUCUAAAGAAAUGAAGAGGUGAACUGAGCUACCAUUUUUUUUCUCAGAUAACAAUUACCAACAGUAUCUAAAAGGUUAGUUCUAGAAAAAGUGAAAAUUAAGCAAUAUUGAAAAAUUGUAGUAAUUUCUUAAAUUUUAACUUGGCUUUUUAUGUUAAUCCAUUAUACUUAA